CCACCCAUGAACUUUCUCUUUCAACUCGCGCCAAAUUCCUCCCUCACACACUGACCGUCUACCGUCAGCUCGUCGUCCUCACUAACCGACCCAGCCAGCCCGACCGCACACAGCAAACACGCCUCACACCCUUCUCCCAGGAAACAGAAGGCGCAUCGCAGUCCGGUCUCCCAGUCGGCCGCUUCCAUUCCUUUCUUUGUUUCCCACAUCUUCCCUGCUCCCAUGUCGGUGGCCAACUGAGCGCUUUUGCCCCCAGCACUCGUCUUUUUUUCGUGUGGCGGAGACGUGUUUGCUGGUGGCGGGCCCCGUCGCGUGUCCGGACAGCACCCAGCAAGGCAACCCCUCCCUGAGUCCAAGCACCACCAACCACACCGCACACAUCGACAUUCUCCACCCGUGCCAACCUCGACUCACAACACGCGGAACCUUGCACGCUGAGCAAGCAGGCGUGCAUCCAAACCACCACGCAAACCAGCACGCAGCAACGGUCGACUCCCAACGACACCGUCCUCGCGACAAUUACCAGCUGCUGCCGUGUCUGCCCAUGCGCUUAUGGCAACUGUAUCCCUAUCCGUGUCUCCGGCGUCAUUCUCUGCUAUGUCGACCAGGAGAGUGCCUCUCUCGAACAAUCCCAAUGUCGCCAAUUCCCCAUUAAGAGGCAGCCAUGUCUCGGCUGCCGCCAAUUCGUUCGGCUUCUCUAAGCAGAAGCGCUCCUAUGCUAGCGCUCAGCGGGAGGAGCUCUACGGCCAGCCACCCCCGGCCAAGAAGCAGAUGCUCGGCAACGUCUCGACCUACCGCACCACCCUUCGCUCCCCAGUGAAGCCCAGGACUGUCGCCCACGCCGCCUCGCUGCAGCGGGCCUCCGCCACCGAACGAGAUCGCGAGAGGGAAAGAGACAGGGCCUCGCAGCAGGCCUCGAGGGCGCCCAAGAUCACCGAGAGGGAGAUCGAGACCAUCCAGAAGUGGGUGGCCAAUCAGAAGGCCCAGUUUCCUCGCCAUGUUUUCUACUUUGAGAGCGUACCCGACGAUGUACGGGCCAAGCUGGCCCGGCAGCUCAUGGCUCUCGGUGCUCGCGAAGAGAAGUUCUUUUCCAUCUCCAUCACCCACGUCGUCACAACGCGGACUAUCCCACCCGCCCCGACCGCUUACAAAGGCGCGGCCGACGCCAAUGCUGCUCCCCAGGAGCACUACGAGCAGCCUCAGACCAUUAACCCAUCCCUCCUGAGCCGGACAAGCGAUAUCAGCAACACCAAGAGGAAACUGUUUGACACAGCCUCCACUGGGAGGAGAGCCCCGAUCCAGCUUGGCGACGAUGUCGUCCGCCGUCCGAAGGUUGCCCGCAAUGUCGACAUAUUGGAGCGGGCUCGUGAGAUGGGGAAAAAGAUUUGGUCUCUGGAAAAGAUGCACAAGGUCGUCAACACGAUCUUGGAGCCUGACCCGUAUCGUAGUGCGGCCCUUGGGUUCGGUGUCAGGACUGCUGGGGGUACCCAGACAAAGUCGGUCGAGGAGGGCAGCCUCCUCCAGCUUCUGAACAAGGAGCGUGUUAGUGGCCCUUCGGAUCGUGAUCCUACGGCCUCGACCAAGGAGAUGCACAUCUUCAAAGGCCCUCACAUUUACGUCUACGAUAUUGAGGAAAAACAGCGUCCCAUUAUGGUGCGCGAGUACGCCAAGGUCCACGACAAGAAUAAGGGCGAUUGGCCGCAGUUCCGAGCGUCGGCAAAUGGACGCUGUCCUUUUAUCGACGACGAGCCCGAGAAGCCGUCACGCAAGGAGCAUACACGACAGGCAACUGUGAAUGCGGCGGUUGAGUCGGCCCCGAAGCUCAAGCCUCCAGUGCAGAUAUCACGUCCGAAGCCCCUCACUGGCAAACGCACGCUCGCCGAGAUGGACGAGGCAGGCAACCGGACCGCCAACGCUGUCCUUGCGCCCACCGAGCUCUUCGGCCUAGCCAAGAUUAUCGCCCCUCCCACGCUCGAUUUCAACCCUACCAACGCUUUCACCAGCACGAACUGCGCGAAGCCUGCACGGUUCCUAGCUGGCGAGCCUGUCGCCUCUGGUCUCCAGGCUUCCGGUGUCACGUCGGCCAUUCGGUCCCAGAUGGUGUCGUCGACAACCGGCACGCUCGGAGCCAAGACGGGAGUGAGCAAGGAGGUUAUGGGCCUGCAGCGCAAGGUUCUGCAGAAGAAUGACGCGGUAUCACAAGACCCGAGCUCCCGCCGUCAGAAUGACUUGAGCGUGGACAGUGGCUCGUUCCUUCGUUCGGCUAGCAUGGGCAACGGGCGCCGUAGACUCGACGCGAUCGACGAGUCACGCGCGGCAAAGGAUGAUAGACACAAACGAACAAACAGCGUUCCCUCACGGCUGGCGCCGAAGCCGAAGAAGCGAGACCCCAAGCCUGGGUACUGCGAGAACUGCCAGGACAAGUUUGAGGACUUUGAAGAGCAUAUACAAUCUCGCCCGCACCGGAAAUUCGCCGAGAACGACGACAACUGGACGGAGCUGGACGGACUUCUUCAGGCCAUUGGCCGGCGUCCCCGACGACGAUCGCAUCGCGACUUUGACAGCGACUCGACCGAGUACCAGGCAUACGACGAAUAAGCUAUGCGGCACGUCUCGUUACGUUUUGGGCUUGUGGAAGGGGAGGCGUGGUUCUCAUGGAUUCAUCUCCCGUCUAUCAUUGCUGUUGCUGCCCUUGCGUCGUCUCCUCAGCGGUCAUCUGCAGCUGAUCUUCCAAGCCACCAAACCCAAAAACAAAGUUCUUUCGCUUAUUCCUUGCUUCUCUCCCAAUGCUCUCUCCCCAUAAUUGCCAUGGGCGGAUGGAGCCGGUACAGCACAUGGCGGAUACCCUUCCUUUCUCCUUUACGCCACAUUUUCACCCGGCGGACUUGCGUGUCAUGCCGGCAUCUGCUGCAUUUUCACGCAUUCACGGACGGUGACUUCAAUACCACAUAAAUCACUUGACUUGUCUUGAUUUCCUUGGCCUUGCCAGCUUCAACUUGCCUUAAUCGUUCCAACCCUCCCUAGUAGCGCGAUCCCGAAUCUUUCUGACAUUGCACCUGCUUUCACUCUCGUUGCGUCUGGGUUCCACCAUUUUCCCCUGUUGGCGGUCCAUCUUUAUACACAAGGUUUUGUGAGGUGUCGAUAGAUCUGGCCACUUUCUGCAUUCAUUAUACGGCGGUCUCUUGUUUGUGUUGUCACGUUCUCUUCAUCGCAUCAGUAUUGGCGUUAGCGGAAUGAUUUGAUGUUUUGGGCUUACUAUUUUGAUUUCUUUGGUCGUUGACUUUGGCACCGACUGCCCUACCUCCAUCAUUUUCAUCAUCAGCCUUCUGCGUUGUGGGGAAGCAGCGAUUUCGAAGCAUGGAUAUUACGCACACUUUGGAUGACGUGGACGAAGGUACUCGCUGGGCGUCACGAUGGCUUUCUGGGCCUUGUCGCCGAGGUGCCUAGAGGAGACCCUUCCACCGGGGCACAACUGACCGCAGCUGGGCCAGAAGCCCAUGUUGAACUAGUAAUAUGGGAGAGUCGGAGGGAAUCAACCGGACCCAAGAGGAUAUAUCCUAUUGGCAUGUGUACACUGUAUGAUACGAAUCAGAGACGGAAAUUGAUGGUUUUAUUUUUGUUCUAGCUAUACAUUUUUUGUCUCGCCAGGUCUCUCCACGGAUGCCUCUCUGCCUCUUGUUGAAUCCGAGUUUAGUUGCUUGGG